AUGCUCCGUCUCCCUUGCCGCCAUCUGUCUCUCUUGCUUUCUUCUGUCCCUCUUCUCCAGAGCUUUGUGGAUUUCAGCCCAGAAGGCUUCGCUUUCUGCGACGGCUUUGGGGGGCCCCGCGCCUCGACGUUUGCGUCUCGGCACUUCUUCUCUCUUCUCGACGAGCACCGCGAUUCGCCUGACGGCGCCGCUUCCUCCCUUCGCGAGGGCGACAAAGGACAGGGAGGCGCUCUCAGAGACCGAGAGAAACCCCGCACGCGCCAGGGCCUCUCAAGGCGCGAAGAGACUCUCGCCAGCGACUUCCCCACACUCAACUGGCUUUUGCGAACCCAGGGACACUCUGCACUGAUUCGCGGCCUCGACAGCCACUUCGCGGCUCUCGACCGGGCGUACUUGGACUACUGCAACCGUGACGUGCAACGCAUGACCCAGGGCGCCAGCGUCUGCGCAGCUUUCUUCGGGGCUCCUCUAGGCGCCCUAGUGUGCACCCUUGGGGACGUGGGCGCAGUGUUGGUGGUCCGAGACGGACAGCACGCGCGGCGCAAGCAGCGCGAAGAGGGGCGAGGCGUUGCAGCGCCGCAGGGCGGGGCGACUUCUGACGACCGAGCGCGGGGGCCGGGGAGCGCGAAAAGGCAGCCGGAGGAAACGGGAACUUCCGCAGCCAAACUGCGCCCUGAAAAGAGCCCAAGGGAAUGGACACCGGCGCACGCAACGACAAGCAAGGAGCCUUCCUCGGACGGGAAGAAGGAAACGCCCGCCAAGGCAUGCUCCUGUUCUUCCUGUUCGUGUUCUGUGUCGGGCGCUUCCUCUCCUGUUUCUGAGUUUUCUCCUCCUUCGUCUCGAACCUCCGUUUCCUCUCAAACUUCGAGCAGCGACACGUGCUUGCCUCUCGUCGCCUGGCGGCUGGCAGAUCCGCACAACGCCGAAAACCCCGGAGAGAUGACGCGCCUUCACGCGCAUCCCCGCGCAAAAUCACACAGCCUCCUCCAAGGACAGUUGAUCAAGGGCGUCUCUCCAGCCACACGGGCAAUCGGCGCGUUUCACCUCAAAGAUCCCGAGCUGAAUGCGGAGUUGCCGGCAGGCCUCCGCGUGGCCAACUACGGGCGCAAUGACCUUCCCUUGUUGUCUAAUCGCCCUGAUUACACCCUGCAGCCUUUCCAUCCGGACGUUGAGGGACUCAUCGUCGUUUGCGAAAGCAAAGGGAGACACGUCCUCGACUGCUGCCUUAGGGCCGGACUGCCGCACUGGGGCAACGUGAAGGAAAUGGUUCUGUCGAGGCAGGCGACGCUCGGGGACUUCGACGCUCAGCUCCAGAUGAUCAAACAAUUGGAAGACAUGCACGGCCGGCGGUCGGACGACGCGAGACUGGACAGCCUCUCGGUGGAGAGGCUCGGCCUCCUCAACAGCGAUAUCGCCGUGUGCGUCGUUCUCCGGGACUACAGCGGUUCGUGCCCGAGAGAGGCCGAGUGCCGGCCGAUGAAAAAUGAAAAACCCGAAAUCAGUCAGUGA